UUAACUGUCCGAGUGUCAGUCUAUCUUUUGACCUCUGACAUCUCAUUUUACAUUGCGAUUUGUUUCUAAUAUUUGUCGGCUUUUUUCCAUCUGGAUGGUGUUGUUACCUAUUUAAUAUUUUUUGGGUUUUAUUGGUAUAAUUAGAAAUCAGUCUUGUACCAUGAUUUUGAAAAGAUAAAUUGCGAAGGCUCAAAAUGAAGCUCGUACACAAAAAUAUCGAAAAAGAUGGCUGCGGGAAUAUUGCCCUUAUUCCUGAAGAGUCGGAAGAUAUGUGGCACGCAUAUAACCUGAUAGCUGAGGGCGAUGCAGUGACGGCGUCCACGGUACGGAAAGUGCAAACUGAAUCGUCAACAGGAUCGUCCACUAGUAAUAGAGUGAGGACUACACUAACGAUCCGCGUAGAAAAUAUAGAUUUUGAUACGCAAGCAUGUAUGUUGCGAUUAAAAGGACGAAACAUUGUUGAAAAUCAGUAUGUGAAGAUGGGUGCAUAUCAUACACUAGACCUGGAACUCAAUAGAAAAUUUAUACUGCAGAAAGUACUAUGGGAUUCUAUUGCACUAGAUCGUGUGGAAUUGGCCUGCGAUCCUGCAGCUAAUGCAGAUGUGGCAGCUGUGGUCAUGCAGGAAGGUCUUGCACAUGUAUGUCUCAUUACUCCAUCUAUGACAUUGGUGCGAUCCAAAAUAGAUAUGACUAUUCCAAGGAAACGAAAAGGUUUUGUACAGCAACAUGAAAAGGGCCUAAAUAAGUACUAUGAUGCAGUUAUGCAAGGUAUCUUGAGGCAUGUGGAUUUCAACAUUGUCAAAUGUGUGAUACUUGCAUCACCAGGAUUUGUCAAAGAUCAAUUUUUUGAGUACAUGAUGCAACAAGCUAUUAAGACAGAUAACAAACUCCUUAUUGAUAAUAAAAGCAAAUUUCUAUUGGUCAAAGCUUCUUCAGGUUUUAAGCAUUCCUUGAAAGAGGUUCUUCAAGAGCCUGCUGUGAUUACAAAAAUAUCAGAUACAAAAGCAGCAAGUGAAGUGAAAUUAUUAGAGAGUUUCUAUACUAUGCUGCAACUGGAGCCGGCUAAGGCAUUUUAUGGAAAGAAACAUGUUGAAAGAGCUAAUGAAGCUAUGGCAAUUGAAAUACUCAUGAUCUCUGAUAAAUUAUUUAGGUGUCAAGAUAUACAAAAAAGGAAGGAAUAUGUCAGUUUGGUGGAUUCGGUGCGUGAAAAUGGAGGGGAUGUAAGAAUAUUUUCAAGCAUGCAUGUCUCUGGUGAACAAUUGGACCAGUUAACGGGCAUAGCUGCUAUUCUUCGUUUUCCAAUGCCAGAACUAGAAGAAAGUGAUGCAGAAGAUGAUAGUGAUUCUGAAUCUAAUUAGAACUAAGGACUUGAUAGAUAAAUUUAUCUUUAAUUUACGAAAAUUAAGAUGUGACGUUAAUCCCAAAUUCGUUUUUAACCCUAAUGAUGUCUUAAAAAAAUGACUAGUAAUUUGGUCUAAGGGACCUUAAACCCUUAGUUCUGUUUUUGCUAAAGUGAUAUGCUUUCGUUGUAUCAUGAAUUUUUAAUAUUUUUAAUUCUGCUAUAGAUAAAUAUAUCUAAAAUUAUAUUUUUAUACUUUUUGCUAGUAGUUAAUGUAUCUAGCUAGGAACAAUUAUUCUGAAUGUAUAUAAAAUAUUUUUAUCCAAUUUGUUGUUGUGUUACUAUUUUGUAAAUAUUAUUUUAACUAUUAGUAGAAUA